AUGAAUUAUCUUUUUGGAUUGUUUGGUGUAAUUAAUGAAAAGGCUGUUGAAGCUAAGGAGAUUUUAUCUUCAAUUUCCAGGGCUAGCAUUGAAGUAUUUUCACCUCUUCCAGGUAUAGAGACAUUUUCGGCCACAAUUUCGAAAGAAGAAUUUGUGUCAAAGAUGGGCUCUAUUUUGUACAAAACUACACAGCCAAUUGAGCAUCUUCUGAGGUCUUUUACAAAAACGGAGAAUGUUGAUACCGUUUUCUUGAUUGGUGGCGGAACCAGAAUGUCUUUUGUUGUCGAUAGCAUUCGCAAAACAUUGAAAUCGUUAAAUAUCAAGGGAAAGCUCAUUUCAAGAAAUAACGAGGAAGCCAGCAUUCUUGGCUCCUGUGAAAAGGCAAAAGAGUAUCUUUAUAAGUACAAGCAAAAGAAAAACUUUCGGCAUUCUACCUCUGUUUGGCCAUUUUCCUUUUUUUACACAAUUGGAAACACCACCGAUGACGGGUUCGAGUCACCAACAAAAGAGUAUUUUCCGCUUCUAUCUGCUGACGAUUUGGCCAUUGAAAAGUCUUUGUCAAUUAAGGAGAGCAUUUCUGAUUUUACUGGUAGCUUAUUUCUUCGUUUUACGUUUAGAAAAUAUGUGCAGUGGUCGGCGCUUUAUUCAUCCGGAGUCACAGACCGUUUGAUUGAUGCUGCCGACGGCAUCCCUUUAGACAUCGAAAUUUCGUUUGAUCGGCUUUUUUCGGGUCUUUUGGAGCCCUCAAAGGUGAUUGGGCGUUAUCCUAACAAGACCGAAAUGGAUAUUUCCUACAACUAUGUUGAGCUAUUCCCACCAUUUUCGAAAGAUCUGAUUCGCAAAAUUGAAGAAAAAGACGACACAUUUUUCCAUUAUGCGCAAGCAUCAAAGGAUGUAAUAUCGCACACUUCAAACAGUCUCUCCGCUUUAGCUUUUGACAUCAAGAGACUUUUUCUGGAGGACUUGACACCGAAAAAUCUGCUUGUAUUUUUAUCUCCAGACUCCAGACAACUUCUCAAAAUGCGACUCAAUAAGGUGCUUGCCGAUAUUGAUUCUGAUGAUGAAAUCUCGCUUCUGGAGACGCUGACUGACAGGAAAAUUUUGAAAGAAAUCCUUCAGCAAGGUAUUCCCCGCAAGGAGCUUUACGAAAGGCUGCAAUCGGCCAUCUGUAAGGGAGAAACUUCUGCUGUAACUGAACAACAUCAAGGAGGCCACAUUGGUGCCGAUGUUUACGCAUACGAAACCGCGGAUGGGAAUGUAUGCAAAAGAAGCAACUUGGCUGCUGAUGUCCUUCACGGGACUCGCUAUGAUUCUCCGAAUGUUUGCGACCUGUGGGUUCUGUUUGAUGUUGAAAAUUCUGCAGAAAUUUAUUCCUUUAUUGCAAAAAUAACAACUCCAUCCCGUGCAAAGAUAACAGCUUCACCGGCAGCCAAAAAUGACGUCCGUAUUCCUAAAGCAGAAGAUCAUACACACCCUAUCUAUCAGCAGCUUGAGCGCUCUCAAAAACUUUACGAGCAGGCUGUAGACGAGCCGACCCUAAAGUUUAUCACAAGUGGGCUCUCGAUAGAGUAUGUGCUCACCACAAAUACAGAUCCAUUUGCAUCAACCAUCGAACGAUCCUUGCCACAGAGCUUUUGGAAUGGUGAUUUUCUGGACUGGAAAGCCCAAAGAGCCCAAAAGUCCCGCCAACGUGACUUAUAG